CAGACGUAUUGUACUAUUCACGUUCUCAGUUCUCUGCUGACCGUAAGAAAGCGUACAUCGAGUUUGCGUGUUAUCGGUGUUUUUCAGAUAAGUAUAUAAGCUAGUAAAAAGUUAGCAAUGCUGUGCUCUUGUGGUGUGGCAAUAAUCGCCAUUCUCUACUUCCUAUUUGAUGUGAACUACUUUGUGAGAAUUAUCGCCACUGUCAUGUGGGGCAGACUCUUCGAGAAAAAGAAAAAACUCUUUGACACGACAACGAUUUAUGGUAUCUGCACUACUCAGGAUGUUGACCUUGUUUUCAAACACAUGAAUAAUGCGAGGUACUUGCGCGAGUUGGAUUUUGCGCGUUUUCAUUUUUAUGAUAGAUUAGGAAUAUAUUCAGCGAUCGUGAAAAGAGGAGGUAAUGCCGUUCAAGGUGCAGCCACUAUAAGAUAUCGCCGCGCAGUUCCUAUGUUUAUGCCGUACAAGAUCACGACAAAGCUUAUUUACUGGGAAGAUAAACACUUUUAUAUAGAGCAACAGUUUGUUAGUCUCACGGAUAAUUUUGUUCAUGCCGUUGUAUUAAGUAGACAAACUGUAACAGGAUUGAAAGUACCGAUAACGGAUAUAAUUGCCGAAAUUGAGCCAAAAACACGUAGACCAGAACCCACCAAAGAACUUCAGCUAUGGCUGGAAUCAAUGGAAGAAUCAUCUAAAAAGCUUAGAAAAAAGGAAUGAUAAAAGAUAUAUAUCAUUUUUAUUUAAUAGCAUAAUUUUUAAAUUAUGUUAUUUAUGUUUUUUUUUUCAUUGUUAGAACGGUUUGUAUUUCGGUUUGUUUCUGGUUACAUUAUUAAAAGAUGUCUCUCAAGAUGUAUCUAAUAUUUUAUCAUCGUUAAUAGAUUAUCUUUUU